GCAGUGAGGGGGCCAGUUACAUGACAGUCUGAGGGCAGUGAGGGGGCCAGUUACAUGACAGUCCGAGGGCAGUGAGGCGGCCAGUUACAUGACAGUCUGAGGGCAGUGAGGCGGCCAGUUACAUGACAGUCUGAGGGCAGUGAGGGGGCCAGUUGCAGUUGAGGGGUUCCCUCACUACGAGCUAGUGGGACCAGAGCUCUAACUAGUGGCUAGGGUGACUGGGAAGAAGUGUAUGGCUAGGUGCAAGUGAUGAUUAUCUGAAAAAUAUCAGUGCCGUGAUUUGGAAAAAGUGGAAACACGACUGGUGCCAAGAGGCCGUAAACCAGUUCUCACGCGAAGAGAAAAUUUUAUAGGGGACUAGUCAUUCCUGACUAAGUACAAUGGCUGAGGAACAGGAGCAACAGAUCUGGUGAGAAUCGCAACGAAAACGAACUUAGUAAAUAGGGAUUAAUGAAUGAAUCAUCGAACUCUACGACCUUAAUUUUAAUCAGUUAUUAUCUAAUUUGCCAACGUAAUCUCUGAUUACUUCGUGCUCUUUGCUGGUGCUGCGACAUGCAGCCUUUUAAUGUCAGUGGCAUGAACGUUUUGAAGAAAAAUAUCGAAUGUUUUAGUCUGGACCCAAGACACUGACUGACAUGGCAGCUUUCAUCCCAACAAGACCGGGCGCUCUGCCCAUUGCCCCCAUAGCCCCCCACCUGCAAGGGUCUCAGGUGCUCAGGAUGGUUCAAGAAGAGGGGGGUAUACGCCCCCCAGCCUCCGCCCCCCAAUGGCCGCCCCCCCUCACCACCAAAUUUGGAGCCCACGACUUCAUGGCGAAAUGCGCGCGAGCUGGAGGGCGGGAAGUCGAGUGGCCACCUCGAGGUGCAGACCCGAGCAUCUACCUGUCGAACCCCUCACUGAAGGCGAACCCUCAGGUACCACAUCGUCGCGGUACAGCCCAGCCGCCUGUACCACCCAGACCAGGCUUGCAUGUGCUUAAGGCUCAUUCUUCUGCUCCAAAUCUGGCUAUCACCUCAGAGUCUGAGUUACCCAAACCACCUACAAGGUUGCCGAGUGGCAUUGAUCCUUCUACAGGUGUUCCGCCGGUACCACCACCUCCAACCAUGGCGUCCCAAUCAUCCUCCAUGACGACGAGUUCAUCCCAGCCUCUGCAGCCAGGUGAAGAACCUAAUCAGACGACCGUUUAUCCGUCGAAUUUCAAACUUCGCAACGAAAUGCCAAUUCAUCAAGAAGGAGCAAGGGUGGUGACGUCCCAACCAGCCUUCAAGAUGACAAAGCCCAUGAAGAUGCGCGGCGACAGCAAGUGGCCUCCAGCAUCAGCAGCUCAGGACGAACCCGAACAGCAGGUGCGCGAGUUCAUCAAGCCAAAGAAGCAAUGCAAAGACUACUCCAGUUUCUUCGCCCAACACCAACUACCCCCCAGCUACACGGGCUACAGAGCCCCUCCUGGCACCCAGCACGUUGGUGCAGACGAGGAGGCUGUCGACAUGUAGCUGAAAUGUCAUUUAUAUGCGUUGUCACGAUCAAAUUUGAAAAACUUUAGACAAUUACGAAUGUCAAGUUACAAAAUUAACAAUCUAGUGACGAUCACACGUACGAAAUGGUAUUCAAAUAAUUUUGGAAAUAAAAAUUGGCCUCCUGAUUGAAAAUGGUGCCAUUUGUGAAUCCUGCAUAUUGAGUACUUGGAUAUUUUCAGUCGGAAAUAUCAAUACUUUAAAAAGCCUUUAGAGAAUAUUUGACGAAAAGAUCAUGAAAUUAAUCAAAUUAUCGCUAAAUUUAAUUUGAAUUUAAUUUACUUUUCGCCAAUUUCAACAAUGAACGUAUAGGGAAUUUUAAGAUUUCAAUCAAACAUCUUUUCUUGUGGAAACGAAUCAUUAUUGCUCAUUGGAAAAACUAGAUUACGUUGGAGAUGUGCUAACCAUCUGCAUAAUUUAUGAGUAGACAUGAAAAAAGUAUGAAAUCUGUGGUGAAUUAAAUUGAGUCUCAUCAGGUUGAGUAUGGGGCUAGCUGGUGGCAUUGUGUAGGUUGUGAACAAAAGCGACAUAAUCAUGCCACCAAAUUCAACUCAUACAUGGAUGGUAACAGCCUAAAACAUAAUUUAUAUUGGGUGCUUCCGGCUCUUUGCCGGUAGCAUGAUAGAUAGCAUUAUUUACAGGAUAUCAUCCAAAGGAUAUUUGUAUACAAUCAGUAUACUUGAGGAGCAGCAAAAUGGUUUGCUUAUACGAUUCAAGUUAUGAACUGCUGUCUCACUGCCAGCACUGUCAUUUUUCUCUUCUGAAUAAUUUUCAAGAAUUAUAUUUAUUUGCUUUGAGGCUCUGACUCAUUUAUGAUUUGAAUAGCUUCAUAUCCUUAGAUUUUUGCUAGAUUUAAUGAAAACGGUGUUAUUUUUUGAGCAUUAGUGAGAACAACUUAUAUCGGGACUGUUUUCAUUCAUUUACCGACUUGUGACUUAAUUUCUAAUUGGUCGUGUGUCGUUAAUAUAAGUUGUGUUAUACGAAUGAAUAACUAUAAAAGAGGUAAUUCACUACUAUUUAGUUAAAUUUUUAGAGUCAAAUGAACUAUUAGUUCAGUUUAUAUGUUUUACUAGUGCAGAAUCACUACUGCAGCUAGUGUUGCCAGCCUAGUUGCAGUGGUAUGGUAUGCCUAGUUUUGAUGAAGCCCAGUUAGAAUAUAAAUAGUUCCAAGGUUAUCACGUUGCCGGCAGCAUUCUGGUUUUCAAUAUUAAUUAUGAUGCAUUCAUAUUAAUCAACGAUGUAUUAAAAAUUAAAUUAACAACAUAUUUCCCAGUACAGCGCAGGGAAUUCGGUUUCAUGGUAGCAACCGAAUUCUCUCCGUGGUACUUACGUUGAUAUAUCAAAAUAAUUUAAAUACUUUGUCAGUGGUAGACAAUAUUGGCUGCAUUACAUGAAUGUAUUGUCUAGUAAUGUAAGCUUAUUUAUGUGUUACUUUUCAUUAAAGAGUAGAGGCUUGUU